AUGAACACUGGAAAUGUGGCGGAGUUCGUCAUUGACAACGAGACCAACGUGGUGCAAGUGAUAACGUUCCAGUCAGCGCGGCAGAAGCGUCUCUUUGCAGCCUUCCCCGAGGUUAUUCUGGUUGACUCGACUCAUAACAGCAACGCGAACCGUUACAAGCUGUUUAGCUUCGCAGUCCACGACGGGUGGGGUCAAUUCGUGCAACACGCAUUGGCGUGGACGGAAGAGAAACCGAACUUGGCUCUUGCUAUCCGUGAUGUGAUGUCGGAUAAGGCACUGCAUGAGAAGGAGGUGCUGUUGGAAGGAUGGCCGAAUGCGCGCCAGCUACUAUGUCGUUGGCACGUCGAAACGUGGUUGAAGAAACAGUGCUCCAGACUGGGAAACGUCGGACCUACAGAAACGAAGGAACUCAAGUCUAUUAUGAAAGGAUUGGUGAAUGCGGCAUCUCAGAAGCACUAUGACGACCUGAAGAAGGCUCUGCUCAAGACAGCCGGGAAUAACGAAGAAAACCUGCUCUACAAAAGUUUUACGAAGCACUGGGAUACGACUACUGACGAGUGGGUGAUGUUCAAGCGUGGUGACGUCCCACACCUGAUGAACAACACGAACAACCGUCUGGAAUCGAAAUGGGGCUGCCUCAAAGAGGUUAUUGACGGUAGUUUCACUGUUGAUGAGCUCCUCUCCAUGCUGAUAACAAUGAAAGACUACGCUGAAGAACUCUACCUGGCUGACUUCCAUCGUGUCAGCAGUCGCCCUCCGAUUGCUGAAGAUCCUGAGUUGACUGCAGUGGCCAUGCAGCUCAGCAACUACGCCUUCGAGACGGUGGCCCAUCAGUACCCAUUGGCUGUCGGACCUCAGGCCUGUUACGACAUGGAGACGAUACCAGAUGGCAAACAAACCCAGCGACAGGCAAUUCGCACGUUGUAG